UGUAGGUCUCGGUGAAGCCAAAGGGUUCACAACAAUGCAAGUUGCAAUGUCUGCACAGUAAGGUAGUGACUACUCUACUGCUUGUAUUGCUCACUGGAGAACUUCCCGAGUCCUCCAGAACGAAUGACUAGCUAACCUAUAUACUACGGGCAUCCUAUGGAUCACUGCUUGUCUCUGGUGAUCCCUCAUACUGGAUCACCUUGGAUCACUGGUGAUCCUCUGUGAGCCUUAUAGUUGGAUCACCAAGCCUUCCCUAUGCCAAGCGUGAUCCUUUUCUGAUUGGUCUGUUCCUGGAUCGGAAUGAUUGGAUGCGGGCGCCGCCCGCGGACCAUGCAGGUCGGCCCCACCGGCCUCUGCAGGUUAAUUCAUGACAAUCAGGGCAGGUUAGUGGCAGUGCGAUGGAGGGAGCUGCGCCGGUGUGGCAGCUCUUUUCGACGGCCUGCUGCAAGACACGUUCGGCACUGCGGCUUCGGCCUCGUGGGGAGACCCUCGCAGUGCAACGGGAAGCUGGAAGUCGGGGUUGCGCCCGGCGGAAGGUGGGCCGUGGCGGCUAUGCUGGACCGAGGGGAGCGCAAUAGAGUUGCGGUCCCGGCUCGCAUCCGGGCCACAGGAGCGAAACAGCUAUUGCCUCGGCGGGGGACCUGUUGGACUGUAAGCGUGGCUAGGCCACGUCCCCUUGUCUCCGGGCGCAGGUUACGGUAUGGGAUGAAGCCGCGGAUGGAUUGCGCCGGAUAUGGGUGCCUCGGCUGUGGAACAAAUGUGUGGUGUCGCCGCCGCAAGGAAGCUGUGGCUCCGAGGAGCAGUGUAGCUGGCCGGAGAGGACGGACGCGCGUGUCGGUUCUCCAAGAGAGAGGGGGCUCUACAGAUGCUAAGUACCCGGCUCGCACCCGGGCCCCGGCCCUGCGCAGGCUGCUGUGGUGUCGCCUACGAAGGCUCUGUAGGGUUGUGCCUCUUGCGGAGGGCUUAAGGUGCAAACCUUAGGGUCCCGUGGCCGAGAGGUCCGGUAGGGAGGCCUGGUCCAGCCUCUCUGACUAGGUUGCCCUACGAGGCAGGUCUGUGCAGCUAGUUAG